AUGGGCACUCCUUUGAUCCAGCCACACAUCCCAACUGCUUCUAUCAAGACCUCCUACUCAAUUCUCUUCCACCUCAUAUCCUCCAGUUCACAACAUGUCAUCCCGGUACAUAUCCCCUCCCCUCCUCCUCCCAGUAAGCUCAAACCAAAACUAACACUCCAUACUCCCCACAGCAGAAGCACCUCCUCCCAGCAAACCCACGACCCCUCCAAAGCCCACGUCCUCCUCUCCACCUACGCCCCCCUCCGCACCUACCCCGUCCUCAAAACCUCCAACGACGAGGAAGACGAGGGCCACACGAGCCGUAUCCACAGCGCCUGGACCCCCUGCGACCCCGUCCUCAAAGACGCCUCUUUCAUCCUAAUCCCCUCCACCCAGGGUCAUGUCAGCCCACACUCUGCCAAGACGAGUAUCAAAGCUGCUUCGAGGUUUGUUGCUUCAUACAACAAGUGUUUUAAUACUCUUUUGAGGGCAAGGGAUCACAACGAGACGACUUAUGAGUUUGAUUGUAGUACACCUGAAGGGUAUACCGCAGUGGAUGAAGCUUGUCGGGAGGAACAUGCGAGUCUCCAACGUAAAGCGGCAGAACAAGCAUACGACGAAAUGCCAAGCGGGACACAAAAUCUCUUCACAUACCAACAAGUCCCCUUCCAAGACUUUCUCAAACACGACCUCAAAAACACACAUCAAGAAGUCUCCACCAAAGACUUUUCCGACGUCCUCACCGACGAGCAAUACCACGACAAGCUCGCCCGGAACUUUCACAGUUAUAGAGCUUGCAGGAGGCUUACUGAUCUGGGGGACAAGUAUCCUUGGGCACUGUUUACGACGGGGAUAAAGGAGCCGACUGAUUUGGUGCAGAGUAACAUCACUGGACGGUGGGUACCUGUUGAUCCGCAGUUUGAUGUUUUGGGCGCAGCGGGUAACCUCGACGCGUCCGCCAAACGUCAAGUCGCCAACGCCCUCGACGUAUUGACAAAGGAAAUCAACGGCAAACCCCGGACCGAAAACGGCAGUUCCAACGCUUUCUCUUCCGGUCUCUCUUCCAAAAGCAGCUUUGCGGAUUAUCACGACUUCAACCAUGUAUCCGAACAUCUGGUCUAUCUGGACUGUUUGAAGUAUGCAAAAGACAUUUCGGAUGUAGUUGAGGUGGAUGGAUUGCCGGUGCAUUGUGAGUGGGUGACCCCCGAGACGCUUUUUCCUUCGAAACGGAGUGAUGCGCCGAGGAGUUAUAGGUUGGGUAAUCAUCGGGGGUAUGAGGAGGCUAUGAAGGACAAGCUGGCGAAGGCAAACAAGAGAUAG